CAGGGACCAGUCCACCACCACCACCAGGCAGCUCCACGCUGCUCUACCACCGCUCCACGACCGCUCUACCUCCCCCUCUCCUGCCGCUUGAAGCUUCGUGGACAUGGUGUGGUGCGGCGGGUGUUGCGAGUGGUGAUGGCGGCAGUGUGGGGCCGCUGGUGACCCAAGGCAGUUUAUUGACGGGGAGGAUAAACAUGUUCUUGGCCGUGAAAUAAUAGUAUUCAUAAGAUUAGUUAUAGCAGUAAGUUAUAGUAGUACGCUAAGCUACAGCCAAGCUUGACAUCUCUGCAUUAAGACAAUUGGAAUGUCACCUUGUGCACAGAAGACCAUUGGAUUACGUUUCUGACCAAUGAGAGGAGUGGAGCGACGCAGACCGUGGUGCCCCCACUGUGCCCCGCUGCCCCGCCCGUGCCCGCCCCGCCCGCCCGUGACCCAGCCCAGCCCAGCCCAGCCCAGCCCGCCUGCCCAAGCCCAGCCCAGCCCAGCCCAGCCCGCGCCUACACCAACCACACUCUGAGUCCCGCCCGGAGACAGUCAGUCCCUGGUGUGCCCAAUAGUGUCAACACUGGACACCCUCCAUCAUAGCCCGGCUCCCGCCCUCCCAGAUAUCGACAUGGCUACUACGCCCAUUGAGGCCAAGCCCCUCUCCACCACCAAUGAAGGACCUUCCGCCUCCCUUUCUAUGCGGCUAUUGAUGCAGGGGAAGGAAGUGGGCAGCAUCAUCGGCAAAAAGGGAGAGAUUGUUAAGCGGUUCAGAGAAGAGUCUGGUGCGAAGAUAAACAUCAGCGAUGGAUCUUGCCCAGAGAGGAUCGUCACAGUCACUGGAAACACAGACAGCAUCUUUUCUGCAUUCAAGCUUAUCUGCGCAAAGUUUGAAGAGUUCUUGGGUCAGAUGUACCAGAACAAUGGCAGUGCUGGCGGUGGCGGUGGACAGCAGCGCCCACCCAUUACCCUACGGUUGAUUGUCCCUGCCUCUCAGUGUGGCUCACUCAUUGGCAAAGCAGGAUCCAAAAUAAAAGAAAUUCGUGAGGUGACUGGGGCUUCCAUUCAAGUUGCAUCUGAAAUGCUGCCCAAUUCAACGGAACGUGCAGUCACUGUCUCCGGCACCUCAGAAGCUAUUACUCAGUGUGUCUACAAUAUUUGCUGCGUCAUGCUUGAGUCCCCUCCCAAAGGCGCCACGAUCCCUUACCGCCCCAAACCCCAGGUCGCCGGUGGGCCGGUGAUCCUAGCCGGCGGCCAGGCCUAUACUAUCCAGGGUAAUUACGCUGUUCCCUCAGCGCCCGAUAUGAGCAAGUUGGGCAACAACUCCCCACUAGCAGGACUACUGGGUCUGGGUAGCCUAGCUGGUGCCAACCCAGGUGGUGGUGUUAACCCUCAUGCCGGCAACACUGCUGAUGCGCUAGCAGCUUUGGCAGGGUCCCAGCUGAGGACCCCCGCAGGCUCUGGCCCUGGUACUCAGACUCACGAGAUGACUGUGCCCAAUGAACUAAUAGGAUGCAUCAUUGGAAAGGGUGGCACCAAAAUUGCUGAAAUCAGGCAAAUCACUGGGGCUAUGAUCACCAUCAGCAAAUAUGAUGAUGGGUCAGAAGAAGCAAGCAAGCAAGACAGGACUAUCAGUAUCAAGGGUAAUGCGGACCAGGUUGCCCUUGCGCAGUACCUCAUUAACACCAGGUGUGUGUUGCAGGAUAGCGAUGGAGACAGCAGGACUGGGUAUGGCGGGCGUUGGCUACCAAUACAUUGCACCCAACCACAUCGUGCGAGCCCCUAUCCACUGAUGCGAGCAGCCUCUAGUGUUGUUGGACCCAGCCAAAACCCUGCCUCCGGAGCGGCCCAUAUCGCAGCUGGCCACCAUCACCCCAGCUUCCCACACAACACCGGGUGUCUGGCCAAGCAUGCAGUAAUACCACCAGCUCACCACGCCCCCUCACCACCACUUCACCACCACCUACCUCUACCACUCCUGCCAGCACCUAAUUUUUCAGUUUAUUGAGCAUGCAUUUCUGCACAGAUAUUAGGAAGAGGUCAUUAUAUAAAUGUAAAUUGCUGUGGUACAAGUCUUGUUGGUGGUUGUGGUCAUGAAUGCCCCCAGGUGUUGGUGGCGAGGUAGGAAGUGCACACAAGACUGUGGGUGGUGGUGGUGGUGGCACACUGGAGCCGAGCGGUGGAGGGGCGGGUCGGCCACGGUGGGCGUGGCUGGGAGGCGCCUCAGUGCCCAGAGUCAGUGACAUAGGUUACCACAAUUACCACUUUAUACUCUUGGUGUAAGCGGGGUCCGGCCAGCAGCCAAGCUGGUGGUGAUGAAAGUAGAGCUGUGGGUCGGCCCCUGCCAAGUUGUGUAGCUCAGUGUACAACAUUUUCAGUUAAUCCCCCAGGGCGGCCACUACUCCCCACCUUGCCUGACCCCCUGCGCCAACCUCGUUUGCUCAAGCAUUGUUACCAUCGGAAUGCUCCAGCUGGAACCAGAAAUGUGACUGUGAUAACUGAAGUAUUGUAUACAUGCGUACCAUUUUAUACUCUUUGACUGGAUCACUUGAUAUAGAGGCUAACACGUGGAAAAGGCUUGAUAUUUUAGUCGAUUAACUGAAAAUGAUAUUUUUAUGAAAACUCCACCUUCAGUAUAUGACUGAUCAAUCAUAUAGUUGAGCUUAUCUCUAGUUUUAGAAUACUGUAAUAACAAAGAAAUAGUUAUCUACUGCUAUGUAUACAUAGAGGUGUUGUUCUGUAGAUACACUCUGAAUUUUAUAAUCUUAUCUACAAGUUCUUGGAUGCAUCAGAUAGUAAAUGUCGGUAAAUAUUUAAUAUUUCUAUCUCGAAGCUUUAGAUGUUUCCUAGAAUUGAAAGUAUUUUCUUAUGCUUCCUUCUGACCUUCAUGAAAUGAAGCUAUCAUUGGCUUCCACAGGGUUUUGUAAAAGACAUAUUACUAUACAUCAGUAGGGCUUUGUAAGCAUUUACAUUUUAGUCCCAUGUACUGUCUAGUUGUGAGAGGCUGGUAAGGCUUCAAGUCUAGUCGAAUGUGUGCCAAGCAUUUAUUUAUUGUUUUCACAUGGCAUGUCAUUGAUUUUUAAUCAUAUUGUAGUAUAUGGUGAUAAAACACGUUUUAAUUACUCUUUUUAAGGUACAGUAUUGCCACAAUGUAUAGUCUUAGAGAACGUAAAGUUUCUACGAGUCCCCUAACCCCCUCCCCCCCAACCCUCCAUACCAGAAGUCGACCAACUGUUAGUGUGUUCUGCCACUUGACCGCGCUGCACACACCUCUUGUCUGCCUCACAUCGGUAGAGGUCCCUGCCAGACCUUUCCGUUAAGAGCAGCACACACACCUGGCCGCUCAACCCUCUGCCCAUCCCUGACCCCCCAAUGCACCACCACUCCCAAAUCACUCACUUGUCCAAACUUUUUAACUUUCUUGGACCAUUUUUUCUAAUAUGCCAUGACUUGGUUUUAUUGAUACCUACGUUUUAAAAUAGCUUUAAAAGGACAAUUUUUUUUUAUUUUAUUAAGAAUAAAAUGGACAGGAGUGAAAACGUCAGUGAAGUGCAGAGAAGGGUAGUUAUGGGCUAGGGAAGAGUGGCUCUCGAGAACCAUGGCGGGGCGAGUCCAGCCCCUCUCCCAGUAGUCUCACUAGCUGCACCAGGACCCUAUAGGACACCUCUAGAACCCUCUAGAGUCACGACAAGUGCCAGGGCACUGUCGUGAGUGCAGCGCACAACCGCUGCCUCAGCCAUUCCAUGAGAGACUGGCGCGUGCUGCAGCCAAGCCCGGUGCACAGGCGCAGCGUACCCUCUCAUCUAUCUUUUAAUUAAUACCUUCAAGAAAUUAUAAUCAAGGAGCUGUGAAUUUUACAUUGCUCAGUUAAGUAACCUAAAUUAGUAUCUAACACUGAGCGUGACGCAGUAGAAUAAUAAAAAAAAAAUUACCAAGAAACAACAUUAACAAAAACCAAGGUUUUGGUGUCGCAACUUUAGUGUGCGCGGUGGGUGUGGCCUUCCAGGGUUCCUGUGCCAGUCUAGGGAGUCGUGGGUGUGUGCCUGAGUGGGGGAUGAUUAUCUCAUGCUCCCACCUUGUCCAUGCCUACCGUCACCCGGGUAUAUAAAGCCAUACCCAACAAGGAGCCUCCGCCCACUGCUCACACACCCCAUGGGCGAGUAAAGGCUAGCUCAUCCGUUAACUGCGGUGGGCUGUACCAAGAACAUAUACUCGCUGUUCACUAUAGCAAAUAUUUGAUACAGAGUAGCCAUGCAUUCAUAUGCUUUUUUAUGAUUUUUGCUAGGGCUGUGGACGGUUGAUAUAGCAAUAUCUAACUAAUUUGUAUAUGCAUAUGAAUCAGUGUAAUGAGUCUUUCUGUUGCGCACGUGUCUUAUUGUUAAUUUGUUAUACAGAUGGUUAGGUCAUAAGUUGCCAUCAGGCAGAGUGACGCAAAUGGAGGGCACUGAUGCCCCCGAGCGGCUCAUGUGAUGCCUGGUGUGCACUGAUGCAGUACUAGGGCCUUGGCUUACUAGCGAUAGUGCUCACCUUAAUUAUGCUACACCUGGCAGAUAAUCCUGACUCACUCCAUGUGUUCAUUGCUUUCUACAUAUGAUUUGCAAAAACAAAAAAAAAUAUAUAUAAAAAAUCUCAGGGCAUAUAACCAAAUCCGUUUUGUUUUAGCUUCGGUUACUCCUUGUAUUAGGCCCAUUCGUGGAAUAGCGGGAUAACCUGGACGGCGGAGGACAUGUGGGUGUGAGUGAUGGUGCAGGCCAGAGAGGAGUCCUUGCACUACAGGUAAUGUACUUUGAUCACGUGUGCUCAUGACCGACUGCUACAAGAUUAAUCCAAGUGAAACUAGUGGUUUUCAGUUGAACCAUUUCCUCUCUGGCCAGUUCCAUUACCUCACCCCAAGGCACCACCACCGCCGCCGCUUCGACCUAACACCCGACCCAUCACCUGACCUGCCCUGACCUGACCUGCAGCUCACUACAUCCCUCUUGCUCUCAGUAUUUGCCUUAUAUGAAACUGAACAGGGUCGAGCAGUGUAUUACAAUAGAAAUGUGUACACUUAAUAUCAUAUGUCUUUCAGUACUGUUUUCAGCUAAACGGCGGCGUUGUUUUAUACUGUUUUCUUGUACGGUAUCUACUUCUGACGCCUGAACUCGUGUGUCCACGCAGCAGUGAGGUGAAAUGCAGGUGGCACUGGGCACUGACCUCGUGUGGCCCCCUAUCUGCUGCCCUCUGGCUCUUGCACCCUUGAUCUCCUAGGCUGACAUGCCACACUGUACUGGGAGCCAGCCAGGGUGCCAAGCUGGGGAUGCCGCCGAUUAGCAGACUGGAGCCUCUGCAGGUAAAGAGAGGACUACUGAGGUGACUGGUGAUGUAGCAAUCGGAGCAGUAGGUCAGCUCAACAGUGCCACCUGCAAACACAAGCUUGUGGGCCGCCUCAUCAUCUCGGUGAAUCUUCAGCGUUAGCAUUACAGCUAGUCAGUGCAGGAGAGGUUACUCGUACUUUACAGGGGGAUUGUGUAUUAGGCACAGAUUUACAUAUCAUUGUUCUUCACGUGUCACUAUGUUCGCGUGUAGUUACUAGUUGUACACGUGACCCGUCCUUACCCCGAUAUGGAUACGGACAGUAUUACUUAAGUGCCAAUUAUAAAAUGUUAACCUAGUGCCAACUUAAUGCCAAAUCUUGCAGCAUCAGUGAUGCUGGGUGCGUUAGUUUGUCCAUGUUUGGGAAGGUCGGGCCACGAGUGGCAGGCAGCCGGACAGGGCAUGGUGUUAUUUGGGCCAUUCGCAGUUAUAUUCGCCCACAGUGUGGGAGGCUCAUAGCUGGCCAUGGCAUGGGGCUGCUGCUGCUGCACCCCCCAGUGUUACAUGCCCACAGCGUUGGAGGAUGGUUAGCAGAAACAUCUGUUGAAGUCCUCUAAGCAGCAGGUAGCCUAGUAUGGGCUGCAAUACCUGGGAGAACGCUAGUACAAUGAGAACAGUGCAGCCCCACACCAUCCGGCCAACGCACCCGCCCUGAACAGCUCCCUGACAUAUUCGCCAUCUUUACUGAGGAAAAGUGUUUCACAAUUUUAAUGUUAUGGCAAUAAAUAUUUCAAGGAUGUAAGCAGUUAAUGAUUUUUUAUUGAUUGUGCAUAUGUGUCUUGUCUGACACAAGUAUUGUUUGAGUUUAAAUAAAUCAUCAAAUUGA